UAGAGUGUAACGUUGACGUCAUCAGUGUGCGGCAGCGCGGAUCAUGGCGAGCAAAAAAAGCUUACUUCUCUCCUCUCUUGCGGCUUAUGGGGACGAUUCAGAGCAAGAUUCAGAUCCAGACACCGAUGAUCAAGAUGUGUCAGAAUCUCACGGAGGAUUGGUGUCAGCCAGCUAUGGGCAGGAUGAUGUGAGCCGUGUGGAGGAAGGCGAUGAAAAGUUGUCAGAGAACGAGGACAGUGAUGACAGCACCAGAAAUUCAGAAGAGGAGUCAGACCCGGGACGAGCCCAAGAUGAUGUGAAGGAUGUGCAGGAUGGGGAGAUUAAAGAUCCAAAUGAGCUUGUUGCACAGUUUUCAGAGAAGGUUCGGAACAUGUCUCCUGAUGAGAUCAGAAUUCCUCCCGAACCACCUGGGCGCUGCUCCAGUCAUCUGCAGGAAAAGAUCUCUAAACUUUACGAGCGGAAACUUCACGGAGACUUUGAUACAAACAACCAUAUUCAAAAGAAGAAAGAAUUUCGUAACCCAAGUAUUUAUGAGAAGCUCAUCCAGUAUUGUGGCAUUGAUGAGCUUGGAACCAAUUAUCCAAAAGACAUGUUUGACCCCCAUGGCUGGUCAGAGGAUUCCUAUUAUGAGUCAUUAGCCAAAGCUCAAAAAGUUGAGAUGGACAAGCUAGAAAAAGCCAAGAAGGAACGGACCAAGAUUGAGUUUGUGACGUGCACCAAAAAAGGCACCACUACUAAUGCGGCGGCAAUGACCACGAACACAACAACUGCCUCAACAGAUGCCCAGAAGAGGAAGAGUAAGUGGGACUCGGCAGUUCCAGUGACCCUGGUACAACCUGCCCUCCUGACCACCACUGCCACCCUCCCUGGAGUCGUCUCGGUCACAACAACAGCAAGCGGCACCAAGACCACGGUCAUCUCUGCAGUGGGAACCAUUCUUAAGAAAGCUAAGCAAUAAACAAUGCCUUGUCAAAAACAGACAAGGAUUUUUGCUUGCUUUCCGGAAGCAACUGGAAUAGAUGGGGUUUAUCUCAUUUUCAGACAGAGAUGAAAACUGUUUCUUUAUUUUGGAGAUAUUAUCAUGAUGACAUAAUUAUACCACGAAACAGUCCAGCAUCUGUGUUCAACUUUGAUUGUUUCAUAUGCAUUCGUUUGAUGUUUGUUCUCCUCCCCCAGAUGGUUUUAACUGAAUUGUACAGCUGUCUUAUAUUGCUGUUGCAGUAGAGUCGUCUGAAGUCUAGAAUAUUUUUUGUUCCACUUCAAAAAUGCAAUUGCUUAGCCGUAAUGGUUUUUCUUUCAAUAGUCAUUUAUUGUUUGAUAAACAGUUUAGGCAGCUCUGCUACUGCUUGUUUUUCCAAUUGUUGUCAUUUGAACUGAAGGUAGGUCUCACAUCAUGUAAAAUGUACACAUGAGUAUUCAUUAUUAUUGCAUAAUUAACAGAUGAGUUUUUACUGUAUUACUCAUAAGAGGAACAAUUUAGCAGAAGUUCAUUUUCCCCCAUUAUUCUACUUUAUUUCAUUUUAACAAUGCAAAUAGGUCUUUUUUUAAAUGUGAAUAUUUUGAGGCGACUCCGAUGUCUUCAGUAGCUCAAUACCAUAAAAAUAAAAAUGUUUUUAUAAUUAAAAAUCUGUAAGAUGUUGUAAAGGAUCUGCCUAUGGGAUGAGUAAUGUAGGAUGUGCUCUUGCACAGUGCUGGAGAUGAGGAAUGUUUUAUUGGACUCCACACUUGGUGGAUGGUAUGUGUUUACCAGGUGGAUCUCUGAUUUAUACCCACCCCUUUCCUUUCCCAUUAUAAACCUGAAUCAUCCCAGACCUGUGUUCACGCUAAGGAAUCUGAGUUUUAUUCCUGGAACUUUUCCCAUGUGAUAUGUAAAGGUAUUUUAAGACCAGCCAUUGGAAUUGUGGUUUUGGAGCCACAUUUUGCUACUGGAUGAUUUUUUUGUUAUUUCUUUGGCACCACGUUGUAGAUAUUACACAUUCACACGUUUUGCUCUCUUUCCUCUCCCUUUCCCUUAAAGUAUUAUUUGGCCUUGAGGAUUUUUUUUUGCACGGCCCCAGGUAAGAACAUUGCCACGUGAAGUUUGCUAGAAGCAAUUGAGAGAUUGUGUGCAAUAUGUGCUGAAUGUGCGUCAGUGUGAGUCAGCCUACAGACACACCCUGUACAGGCCCUAACUCCACUGUUCUUGUCUUGAUUUCCGGUUAUGAAGGUUUACUCAUGUGUAUAGCACAAUUAUAAAGUUGUUAGUAAGUAUUUAAACAUGCGUAGUAAUUCAGUGAUAAAUCCAGGGCUUGACCGACUUUAUGAUAUGCCACCUGGGGUGGCAGACCUAUCUGUCAAUGUCUUGUUUUUGUAAAGAAAUGUCAAUAUUGACAAUUUGUGUAAACCGCAAGCGUUUAUUGCUAAUCUCUUGAGACCUUGGAGUUAUUUCUUGUUGCCCAUUUCUUAACCAUGGUUUAAAGGUAUAGUUCACCCAAAAAUGAACAAUUCCUCAUCAUUUACUCACCCUCAUGUAAUGUUAUACCUGUAUAAAUUACUUUGUUCUGAUGAAUGGGAAGAAUGUUAGUAAUUUUCAGUUCCAGGACAUCAUUGACUACCAUAGUGGGAAAAAUUCAAUGGUUGUCAAAAGUGCCCCAGAACUGUUUGUUUUCCAAAAUUCUUAAAAAUACCUCAUUUUGUGUUCAGCAGAACAACAAAAAUACAAUAUUUUUUCCUACUAUGGUAGUGGAUGAUGUCCCAGAACUGAAAAUUGCUAAUUUUCUUCCAAAUGUCUUUCUCAGUGUUCAUCGGAACAAAGAAAUGUAUACAGGUUUGAAACGACUUGAGGGUGAAUAAAUGAUGACAGAAUUUUCAUUUUUGGGUGAACUGUACCUUUAACUAUAAUAACCAUGCUUUUUGUCUUAUUUAUAUUAAAGCCACAAAUAAACU